AUGUGGUUCUUUCGGGUCCUUUCGUCGGCCGUCUUCCUGGCCGUCACCGUCUCUUCCAUUCCCCUCGCCUUUGACGUGGGUGGAAAAACAUGCGGUCUGGCCUAUUCCCUGUCCCUGGCAACCUUCUAUUUCCUAUUUUCGCUGCUGCGGCUUACCACCCCGGAUCGGUCAUGGCUCCGUUCUUCCCUGAUCGUCCUCAUUAGCUCGACGCAAUGGCUCAUCAUCCCUAUCCUGCUUAUCUGGUCGCUGAACCGCUUCUCCAUCGAUACCGACAACGCUGGCUCCUGGGUGGAACGGACCUUCACGGGGAGAAGGGCCCACGACUCGUCAAUCCAGGAGUGGCUAUUUGGGCCCGACGGGCUGGUGGAAUCCGUGACGAUCGGGAAUUGGGAUAAACUACUGAGAUGGUCGACCCCGGUUUUCCAGCUGGUCGAAGGAUUCUGCAGCUUAUUGGUCAUACAGGCUGCAGGGCAAAUCACCCGCUGGCUUGUCAACCGCGGUGGGCGAAGUGAUAGCUGGAUGAUCGGCCUUUUGGUACUAUCGGCCUCCAUCAUAUCAAGUUCCGUAUACUUUCUUUGGCGGGUUCUUCAGUUCCCCGAGAUUUCUAAUGUCGACGCGGCCUUGAUUGGGGUGUCCAUCACCUGCGCGGUGAUUCUAUGCGCGUGGGGAAUAGGGAGUGGGCGUGGGAAUCCAGUGGAGAGUUCCCUGCUGUUCGCAUACAUCGUUCUAUGCAUCUAUCAAAUUUUCACCGAUUACCAACCGUCACAUCCCAUGGAGCAAGUUCCUUCUCCCGCCCAAGCCGGGGAUUUUCCACCGCUUCCUCCAAUCAUCAUGGCUUCAUAUACGACCUUGAUGCAUGCCUUGUCUACCUUGCCUUCCAUCAUCCAUGCCGCCUUCAACGUGAUCACCGCAGUUUUUGGUGCUGUCACUCCCUCCGUGCUGAUCUCGCUCACAUACCGCAUCAUCGUUCUGUACGCGUCAACUCGGAUCAUACCUGCCGUCCGCGAAUCGGGCGCGCGUGCUCUCUCCCAAGAAGCGUCGCUGGAUGACACCGAUGCGGCUGGCCAGUUCCUGGGCGUACUCAGCUACUUCUCCCCAUCGAUCCUCAUCGCCGUUUACACCAGCCUCUUAAUGCAGCAUUUCGCGUCUACCUCCCAAGCGAUGGGCGGCAGUGGCGAGUGGUGGAGCACUCAGGGGGCCGGCGGUGGAAACUUGUGGCGGUGGGCCAACCUGGCCGGCACGAUGGCCCUGUAUGCUGUCGAACUAUACCUUGGUGAGAACGACGACCUAGACUCCGGCUUAGCUGGUCACUGGAAGACCGACUGA